UUUUAAAAGACAGUUUUAAUGACAUUCCGUGCUUCAUAUUACAAGUGACAGCACUAAUAAUUUGCAUUUAACAUAAGUUUAAUAUUUUGUGUACUUCGGAGGACUUAAAGGAAAAGGUAUAGGUAUCAAGACUGACAGUGCAAAAAAUGGCAAACAACCUAGCAUCUCAGUCACAGUGCAUUACAGAUAGUGACAAAUUUGCAUUGUGGCAUCCUCCCCCACAUGGAGUAACUCCUCCAGCCUCAGUGCCAUCCUGCUUCAAUGUACCACCUCCCCCUUUUUCAAAGCCUCCUCCAACGUCCAUACACAGACUACCACCACUACCACCACCACCACCACCACCACCUCCUCCCCCUCCCCCACCUGCCCUUCCUCCUCCUCCUCCUCCUCUUCAAUUCUGCACAUAUCCCCCUUUUGUUGCUCCUGCGCAGCAAAUUUUCAACUUGCCAAAUAAUGGAAACAACACUGCUCACAUCCACACAGUCCAGGAUACUCAGCAGAGUUCGUGUUUCCAAGUUCAAACUUCAUCUUGGAUUUCUUCUCAGGAUAAUUUAGGUGUGCAGUUUGAUGAUGAAAGUCAAGAUGAAAAGUGGGUGAGACAGUUCCUGUUUCAGAGAAGACAGCCUCUUCAGCAAAGACCAGCUCAAAGGAAACUGAAGAUAUUUGAAGCGAAGAACAUGCUAAAACAAUGUUUAACUACUCUUGAGGAACUCCAAUUUUUGCAUGCUAAACUGUCUUCAAAACGUGAUACAGUAAAUUGUUCAGAGUGGCAAAUGGAAUUUGAGGACAUCAGUAAGAAGAGAGUUGAUGUGCAAGAAAAGCUAAAACAGUUGAGUGAUCCAGCCAUUCUGAAGAUGUUACAGGUGUCACUUGCAAAACGCAAGAAAAAAAGAAAAUAUCAAAAACGACAGAGAGAAAACUGGCAUUUAAUUAAGGCCGAAAAACAGGCAGAGAGACAGAAGCUUCACAAAGAAAUAGAUACAUGGAUAGAAAAUAUGCAGGAAUCGGUGGAAAAGGCAAAAAUGGAAGAAAGUCUGAAGUUCGAGGCAGAUAGUAUAUUGUCUGAUGUGACGAAGAGGAAAGCAGAAGCCCGUCGACAAUUGGCACUACUCUCAGCGUUGGCUCGACUGAGGAAACUCCGGAUUCAAAUGGCCCUAGGACGCGGAGAAAAAGUGUCAUCAGAAUUGGAUGCUUGUUUCUCUCGUGUUAUUGAUAAUCUUAAGAGUCUUUGGGAAGAGAAAAUGGAAGAAUAUGCUCUGGAGGAGAAAGGGCUCAGAGUGAUGUUAACAGAAGCAGUUGAUGAACGUAAGAUUAGAUAUGACAGGACAGUUCUAGCCCAAUGGAAAAGGUUACUGUUUGGACACAACCAAGCUGACAUUCAAAGUUUUUAUGCAGCAGCAGAGAGGAACAUCGAAGAUUUCCUUGCUAUCAGGUGGUCCUGGGAUAAAUGUUUGGCUCCUGCAAGUGCUCCAAUGUCUUCUGCAAUUCCAAUUGGUUGGGUAUUACCGACAAAUCCUUCAUCUGGUGCAUGGGAAGCUUUACUAUCAUCCAAAACUCAAGAUGAUUAAUUGUUUUUAAUGCUUAAGGUUUGAAGAAAGAAUUAUUUGUAUUUUUGCCAGCAGUAAAUUAUACUAAUAAACAAAAAUGAAAAGUAAA